AUGACAUUUUAUCUCGAAACUACUAGUUCCAACCUUCCCGUUCUUGAUGCCGAUGAAGAAAUCAUACAUGCACAAAAUUGUGUUGGAUUAUAUUUUGAUGACGAGAAGAGUCCCGAUUACGCGAAUGGGACUCUAUACAUUUCCCAGAAACAUGUGUUUUAUGUAGAUUCUCAAAACGCGAAAAAGAACUCUUUAAAAACUCGCUUGUCCGAUAUUGUCGAUGUGAAUCACAGUUCGCGGUAUUUUCGGUCUUCUCCUAAGGUUCAUCUCUACUUGAAGUUUGUACAAGAGAAAUGGGCAUGUAAAAUAUGCUUUUACAAUAAUUUAGGGAGUACCCUGGACCCUUGCAAGAAUUGCGGCGUCGCAGGUCGAUUUCGCCUUUUACAAGCAGAUUCUCAUGCCACGGAAGAAAGAAGAAAAAAAAAAGGACUUUGUCCUACUUGCACUUUUCAAAACUAUCCUGAUUUAUUAUUUUGCGAGAUUUGCGGUACUCAGCUUACUCGUUUGCCCACUGCAGAGCACAUUCAGCUUUCCUUUCGAAAUGGUGGCUCUUCUAGAUUUUUUGAAGUACUCAAUGAGCAGAGAAAAGGAUUGAUUGAAAAAAAGGAGAAUGCUUUGCGAGAUACCAAUCAUUUGAGAAAGAUCAUCAAAGAAAAGUCUUUACGAAUAGGGGGUAUUCAUGGUCUUCAGCAAUCUCAUGCCCUCAGGCUUGCACAAAAUGGACAGACGCUAGUUAGAGCUUUUCAAGAUCUAGAUGCGUUCUUUUCGCUAACUCGUGAAACAAUGGAACUGGCAGAUCAAUUCGUGGAACGUAUACAAAAUCUUGCCGGAUUUGCCAAGCAAUCGGAUCGAGUUCAACAGCUUUUAAAACGUACACAGCAACUGGGUUUACUAAGGAAUAAUUAUGCAAACAUGGUUUCUGACAGCUCCAACGCACGUCUUUUUCAGGUGGAGCUAUGUAAAAGUAUCUCUGAGUUAUUGCUGAAUCAUUUAAAGUCAGACACAGAUACCAUAACCAUGACCCAUGCAUGGGCCAUGUACAAUCGAGCUCGAAAAACCGAACUUGUUUCACCCACCGAUUUUGCGAAGGCCUGUGAACUUUUUCCUACCCUUGAUUUAGGAAUUCAUGUCUCCAAAUUAUCAUCUGGAGUAUCGUUAUUUCAGCUGAAGCUUCCUAACCAAAGAGAAAAAUUCCUUUCUGCCUUAUUGGAUACAAUGCAGCCCACCGUAACCAUCUCGCAAUGUGCCAUGAAGUUGCAUUGGUCGAUUGGAGUCACCAUGGAGCAACUUGAAUCAGCUGAAUCAGAGGGUUAUAUUCUUCCUCCUAAAACCACGCAUAAUGAGUUAAUAUUGUAUAUUUUACGACUAGAAAUAUUUAUGAUUUAA